ACAAAUGAACAAUUAUGGGAAAUCGAGGCCCUGUUGUUGAAGUCAUUCAAUGAGGGCCUUCGCAAAGACACCAAUCCUGUGGCUCCGGUCAAAAUGUUUCCCACAUUUGUCCGCGACGUUCCCGACGGCAGAGAGAAAUAUGCUGAAGGCAAAUAUAUGGCCCUAGACUUAGGCGGCACUAACUUUCGUGUACUACUUCUGGAGAUUAAUGAUCAGAUCCAUUUGGACUCAGAAGUGUAUUCUGUACCCGAGAGCAUAAUGCACGGCACCGGCGAUCAGGUAUAUUAGCUCAUUGAUCUCUUCAC